AUGGUUUUCUCCCUCCCUCCGCCUGCAAACCUCCUUCUCCGCCUAUCAUCGGAAAAAGUGUCUCUUUUCUCCGCGUUCUUGAGGGAGAUUCUAAGAAGUCUUCCAGCAAUUAUUACUGAAGCUCUGUCAGUUACUUUCAUGCAUAGGUAUCCUUAUACGGCAGUNGUUCUGAAUUUUAGUCAGUCGUGGGCUUUGUACUGCCUUGUUCAGUUUUAUACUGUUACAAAGGAUGAACUGGCUCAUAUAAAACCGUUGGCCAAGUUUCUGACAUUUAAAUCAAUUGUGUUCCUCACUUGGUGGCAAGGUGUGGCAAUUGCUCUCCUGUGCACCUUUGGUUUGUUCAAAAGUCCCAUUGCUGAAGGCUUGCAGUUCAAGUUAAGUGUCCAAGAUUUCAUCAUUUGCAUUGAUCUGACUGUUGUAAGGAAGCAUUUUGUGCAGCCAUUAACCAUGACUAACUCAGUUCCUGGUCCUCCUCCGUGGUCCAGAAUGCCUGGUGAACAUGGCCUGGGAGAUGAAUUCUCUCUUUUAAUCAUAGCCUGGGUGGGAAUGAAGGACUGGGCCCAGUUGGAAGAGAACCCAUUUCUGCAUUAUCUUUGGGCCGUCGCGACCCAGUUUGGUGAGGGCGGGGUUGGCGGCGAAGAGGGACGGGGCGAGGAAGUUGAACGCGGUUUGGUCGUUGGCGUUGCCGAAGCUGACUUUGCCGAUUUCGAAGAGGUGGCACUUUUCCGGUGGGAGGAGGAGAGAGGAGGUUUGGCGGCGGAGAAACUUUUUCCGGUGGGAGGAGUGAGGAGGUCUGGCGGGGAGGAAAGGAGAACGUGA